AGCACACGGUUUGUUACCUUUUCACGCCGCUCCGUUUGACGCUCUCCUUUUUUGGCUCCUUCCCCGGAUGGGUGUACAUAAUAAGUGGCGAACGGAAUUGCCCUGCAUUUGGCGAAACUUCUCGAUGAUAAGGUUUGCUCUCCACCGGAGGGAAGUGUGCCCUCCACAAGUGGAUCCCGUUUAGGAGUCGGUUGGCCCCUAACCGACCGCUAACUGGCCUCGAGUCGACCUUCCCCGUUUAAAGGGGCCACGUUUGGGAAGCGCUCCAUCGUAACUACUCCCACGCAACCGCUCCGUCGUAACUACUUCCACGCAACUCGAGCCGCCACACCACAGCGACGAAUGGGGAAGUCCUUCUACAACCGCAGCACCCGGCUGUGGUGGGGCCACUGCCACCUGCGGAUCGGCAGCCGCUUGCAGGUGCGGCUGAACAAGGGGGUGAAGUUUUCUCACUUCGAGCACAUCGGCCGGUUCAUCGAGUUCGCCAGGAACUCACGGUCCCUACGCGCCGCCACACUCAGCAAAUGCCUGCGAAGAAAUUUCUGGGGCACCAAUUUUUACUUCACGGGGGAGCCCAAAACGGGAGAGAACCCCCUGCAGAUCUCCAAGUCGACGCAGAAUGAGGGGGCGUACAUCUACGCGGUCGAGCGAGGGAAAAUAACCCCCUCCGAAUGGGAGUUGAAGAAGCUGGAGUCCGUUCUGGGGGUUCCCCUCCGAAGAGAAAAGCAGCGAACACUGCUGAGGAGACUGUGAGGGGGGUCCUUCACUCUGAUGUCCUUCAACUCGAGUGGUAUCCCUCCCCCGGUUAGUACCCCCAUUGGCCAUGUCGUCGGUUUGUUAUUCACCUGAACAUGGGAAGAAGCGUUUGCUCGGAAGUGUGCUUCCCAUUUUUUUGCUCCAGUGGGGAGUAGCAC